AGUUGCUAAAUUGUACGUGACCGGAACUCGUUUUACUGAAACUGUUGCCAAAGUUAUUUUGAGGCCGAGUUUUGAAGCGCCUUUGACUUUAGCCAGGAUGAAGAGUGUCGCCGCCUGCUGGUUCCAUGUGAAGCAUCGUGACACCUGCGGGGUUUUGUUCGUCAAGUGUCGGUGAAAUUAAGAUAAAUGUUGCUCAGCGAUGGCGAGAGUCUGUUGACAGACGUUUUCACUGUCACUUCGCAGCUGUCACAACAGGUGCCUGUGAUGGACCUGCCCACAGUGUCGCCGCCUCUCGCCCUGACUAGCUGGGAUGGACUCCGCCCCCCCACUUGUCUCACCGGGGGAAUCAGUGGAAGAAAAUGAGUGUGCAGUGUGAGAACCAUGAGGUCACUUGUGAAGAUGUUUCCACAAUCUGGGAAGUCCAUUGUGUUUGACAACUUUCCUGACCCCACUGACACCUGGGAAAUCAUUGAGACGAUCGGGAAAGGGACCUACGGCAAAGUCUACAAAGUUCUCAACAAGAAAGAUGGAAGUAAAGCCGCCGUCAAGAUUCUGGAUCCCAUCCACGACAUCGAUGAAGAGAUCGAGGCCGAGUACAACAUCCUCAAAGCUCUGUCGGACCACCCCAACGUGGUCAAGUUCUACGGCAUGUACUACAAGAAGGACGUGAAGUGCGGCGAUCAGCUGUGGCUGGUCCUGGAGCUCUGCAACGGCGGCUCAGUGACAGAUCUGGCCAAAGGCAUGCUGAAGAGAGGAGACAGAAUGGAUGAAGCCAUUAUUGCCUUCAUCCUGCACGAAGCCCUCAUGGGUCUCCAGCACCUGCACAUCAACAAGACCAUCCACCGGGAUGUCAAAGGAAACAACAUCCUGCUGACAACGCAUGGUGGAAUCAAACUGGUGGAUUUUGGAGUUUCCGCUCAGCUCACAAAUACUCGUCUCAGGAGGAAUACUUCGGUGGGGACCCCGUUUUGGAUGGCUCCAGAGGUGAUAGCCUGUGAGCAGCAGCUCGACUCCACCUACGACGCUCGCUGUGAUGUCUGGUCCUUGGGUAUCACAGCCAUCGAACUGGGUGAUGGAGACCCGCCGCUGUCUGAGCUUCACCCAAUGAGGGCGCUGUUCAAAAUACCGAGAAAUCCUCCUCCGACUCUGCAGCAGCCCGAGCUCUGGUCCGACGACUUCAACGACUUUAUCUGCAAAUGUCUGAUCAAGGACUUUGAGCUCCGGCCCAACGUGCUCGACCUCCUGCAACAUGUGUUCAUCAAACAGAUUGUUGGCAGAGAGAAAAUCCUGCAGAAGCAGUUGAUAGAACUCAUCGACCUCAACCAGCAAAUCGGCGUCAUCGAGAAAACAAGCCAUCACGGGAACAGAAGCACAGGCUAUAACGACAGGCAUGAACGCAUCCACACCAAGAAGGGAAACCACUUGAAGACACCGAUGGAUCCGGAUGAGGUGGAGGACCUUGCCACUCUUGAAGUUCUGGAUGAGAACACGGUGACGGAUCAGCUGCAGAACCGUUAUGGGAGGGAUCAGAUCUACACGUACGUGGGAGACAUCCUCAUCGCCGUCAACCCCUUCCACCAGCUGGACAUUUACACUCCGCAGUAUGCUAAGUUGUACAUCGGAGCCAAACGCACAGCAAACCCGCCUCACAUCUUCGCCGUGGCGGACAUCGCUUACCGGUCCAUGGUGUCGUACAUUUCAGAUCAGUGCAUCGUGAUCAGUGGAGAGAGCGGCGCUGGGAAAACAGAGAGCGCUCAUCUGCUGGUGCAGCAGCUGACGGUUCUGGGGAAGGCCAACAACCAGACGCUCCAGGAGAAGAUCCUGCUGGUCAACAGCCUGGUGGAAGCCUUUGGAAACGCCUGCACCGUCAUCAACGACAACUCCAGUCGCUUCGGCAAAUAUCUGGAGAUGAAAUUCACCAGCGGGGGCACCGUGGUGGGAGCGCAAAUAUCCGAGUACCUGCUGGAGAAGUCCCGAGUCAUUCACCAGGCCGUAGGAGAAAGGAACUUCCACAUCUUCUACUAUAUUUACGCCGGCCUGGCUGACAGGAAGAAGCUCGCCCACUACAAACUCUCUGACAGCAAAACACCCAAGUACCUCUGCAAUGAGCACGUCAAGCUGGGCCCUGACAUUGUGAGCAACUCUUUCUACAAGGAGCAGUUUGAUGCAGUGGAGCAGUGUUUCAAAGUCAUCGGGUUCACCCUGGAGGAGCUCGGGAGCGUGUACAGCACUCUGGCUGCCAUCCUCAACGCCGGUGACAUCGAGUUCUCCCCGGUGGCCUCUGAGCACCAGACGGACAAGAGUGACAUCGCCAACGUUUCAGUGCUGGAGAACGUGGCGUCCCUGCUGUGCAUCCGCUCCGACGAGCUGCAGGAGGCGCUGACCUCCCACUGCGUGGUGGCCCGUGGAGAGACCAUCGUGCGGCCCAACACGGUGGAGAAGGCGGUGGUGGUGCGGGACGCCAUGAGCAAGGCGCUCUACGGUCGCCUCUUCAGUUGGAUUGUCAACCGCAUCAACUCUCUCCUGCGGCCCGACAACCACCAGGGAGAGGAGGACAAACGCUUGAACAUCGGCAUCCUGGACAUAUUUGGAUUUGAAAACUUCAAGAAGAACUCUUUCGAGCAGCUGUGCAUUAACAUCGCCAACGAGCAGAUCCAGUUCUACUUCAACCAGCACAUAUUCGCCUGGGAGCAGGAUGAGUACCUGAAUGAAGAGGUGGACGCUCGCAUGAUAGAGUACGAGGACAACCGGCCGCUUCUGGACCUGUUUCUGCAGAAGCCGAUGGGAAUGCUGUCCCUGCUGGACGAGGAAAGCCGCUUUCCCCAGGCCACUGAUCAGACCCUCGUCGAGAAAUUUGAAGAUAACCUCAAGACCAAAAGCUUCUGGAGGCCCAUGAGAGUCGACCUGGGCUUUGGGAUCCAUCACUACGCUGGGAAGGUGAUCUACAACGCAGCAGGCUUCUUGUCUAAGAACAGAGACACGCUGCCGGCUGACAUCGUCCUGCUGCUGCGCUCCUCGGAGAACCAGCUGGUCCGCAAACUGGCCACGCACCCGCUCACUAAAACAGGCAACCUUGCCCACACCAAGGGCAAGGGGAUCAACACGCUGCGCAGCCCACGGACGCCGACCCGCACCAGCACCUUGGCCAAGAUGGGAGUUCUAACAUUUUACAGCUCCCUUUCCUUCUCUGAGCCCAGUGAAUCUGGGGAGGCUCCUUACCACCCCAGAGAAACCACCAACAUGAGGACGCAAACCGUGGCCUCAUACUUCCGGUACUCCCUCAUGGACCUGCUGUCCAAGAUGGUCGCCGGGCAGCCCCACUUUGUGCGCUGCAUCAAACCUAACAACGACCGGCACGCCAACAAGUUCGACCGCGAAAAGGUUCUGGUUCAGCUGCGAUACACGGGCGUCCUGGAGACAGCGAAGAUCCGGCGCCAGGGCUACUCCCACCGUGUCCUGUUCUCCAAUUUCAUCAAGAGGUACUACAUCCUGGCUUUUCAUGCCGAUGAGGAGCCAAACAUGACUCCAGAAACCUGCUCUGCCAUACUGGAGAAAGCCAAACUGGAGAACUGGGCCAUGGGCAAAACUAAGGUCUUCCUCAAAUACUACCACGUGGAACACUUGAACCUGUUGGUGCAACAAGCCACUCAGCGGAUCGUCCUGCUCCAGGCGUGCGUGCGAGGCUGGAUGGGGGCCCGCCGCUACCACCGCAUGCUGAAGGAGCGGGAGCAGAGCGCACUCGUGCUGCAGUCGGCUUACAGGGGUCAUAAAGUUCGGAAGAAAGUCGCCGAGGACAGAGUCAAAGCCAAGCUGGACGCUUUCAUGCUGCAGUUCCAGGCUGUCUGCAGGGCCUUCCUAGCCCGGAGAAGGUUCAAAGAUCUGCUGGCAGAAAAGAAUAGGGCUGCGACCAAGAUCCAGGCUCGGUACCGAGGACACAGGGAACGGAGGAGCUUCCAACGAAAACGAGAUGCCAUUGAGAAGGAGCGAGCAGCGAAAGCUGAGGAAGUCAAAGAUAAUGAAGCAGGAGAAGCUGAGAGGAGCCACGAUGAAGACGGAGGAGACGCUCAGGACGAGGAAACCAAGGCUGCCGUGGUUCUUCAGAGCAACUACAGAGGCUUCAAGGAGCGGAAGAAGUUCAAGGAGCGGAAGAAGACGAUGGCAGGGUCCGAGCUGGGGAUCCCGGCUGAUCUGGAGCCGCAGGUGAGGGACCAAGGGGGAGCGGCAGCAGAGGAGAAGGAGGAAGAUGAAGAAAGCACGUAUGAGGCAGAGGAACAGGAGGAUGAAGACAGCGACCACACGCAGGUGCCAGAAGAUGAGGAGCACACGGAGGUGGGGGACGAGCCGGUGUUUGGAGAUGCGCCGACUGAAGACCCAGCAAGUGAAGUGAGGGAGAGUGGGCGGGAUCUGGAGGAGGAAACGAAGGCGGCCACGGUUCUGCAGAGCAACUUCAGAGGCCACAAAGAGAGGAAGAGGUUGCAGGAAGAAGGAAAGAUUCCAGCCAAGAGAACCCCCCACGGUCCUCCAGAUGUGACAGAACCAGAGCCACAAGCUUCUCCAGCAGAAACCCCAGCUACAGACCCAGAUGAGGCCAAAGCUGCGGUGGUCCUCCAGAGCAACUUCAGAGGCCACAAAGAGCGUAAACGACUGGAAGAGGAAGGAAAGCUCCCGCAGAAACGGAGGAAGGCGGGUAACUCUGCAGUGGUCCAGGCUGAGCGUUCCCCACCAGAGUCUGUUGACAACUCCAAAAGUCUGGACGAGGAAACGGCCGCCACUGUCCUUCAGAGUAACUUCAGAGGUCACCGGGAGAGGAAGAGGCUGAAGGAGCGGAGAGAGCAGAUGGCAGAGACACAAGAAGAAGUUGGUCUCAGUGGAGCAGAGGACGAGGAGGAGCAGGUGCUGGAUGUCUCGGACAUCAUCAUCCAGAAGAAAGAGGAGGAAGAUACUACGAAACAAAGACAGGAUGAAGAAGACGCAGCGGUGAAGAUCCAGAGCAACUUCAGGGGGUACAAGGACCGGAAGAAGUUGAAGGCCAACAAGCAGUCGGCUCAGGACCAGGCGGAGCAACUGGAGAGCUUCUCCAUAGAGAUAGCCAAGACUUCGAAGGACUUUCUGGCUCUGCAACAGAAAUUGAACGAGAUCAUUGAGGCCCAUCAAUCAAACCCUGAGAACAACGGCAUGUUUGUGCGAGGGAAAGCCGUCAACGGAUUGGCUCCAGUGCAGAGCCAUUCACCUGAGAAAAGGCUGUCCAGGACCCCCCGUCGGACCCAGCAGCCGAAGACCCUCAACACACCGGAGGACUCCACCUAUUACACCCUCAUCCACCGCUCCGUGCAGGAUGACAAACGCAAGCCCAGGAAGAAGGAUCCAGGGAAGCUGCUGGAUGUGGACGACCAGUACUACCAGUGUCUGCCCACCAGCCGCUCCUCCUCCUUCUCCACCAUAGAGGAAGCCGACAGCAACCCAGCCGAGGCUCUGGAUCGACGAUCCUCUAUGAACGGUAGGCUGCCCUCGGAGCGGAGAGCGGCCGCUCCUGCCAGCAGGCCGACCCGAGCCAGAGCCGUCACGGAACCAGAACCUCUAAGACCUCCCAGAGAUGUUGCUGUCAGACGCUCCAUGUCCAGAGUCUCCUCCACAGACAGUCGGACGGAAGACAAUCCCUACGACUUCCGGCAUUUACUGCGAAAAACCUCCCAGCGCCGAAAACUCAUCAAACACUACUGAGCUGGGAACAUUCCGCCUAGUCAUGAAUCAAACCUGCCGUAGCUCCAUCUCAGACGUAGCCCAACCUGUAAAAUAAUAAGUCAUCUUGUAUAGUAUUUUCAUAGAUACUUGUAUUUAAGACUACUUUGAUGUAAAUAUUCAAGAGUAUAUACAUUUGUCUUCUUCAAUUAUUUGCAUUUUAAUCAAUAAAUUAUAACAACACGCUCGUCUUAUUCCUUCAUGCGGUGGAGUCGUGCAGAAACUACACCGUGUGUUUUCUCCUUCCAACACUGAACCUCUCAACCUUUCCGUGACAUUUAGGGGAGGAAAAAAGCCAGAGGGCAGCUUGGCUGACUUCACACACCGAGAGACAAACAACCGUGACUCAGGAGGUUUGGACUGAGACGACGGUGCCGAGUUUUGUGAGUACAUUUCCAGUGAGGAGCCACAUUGUUCUACUGUGAUGGCUCUGAAUAACGACUUUUAAAUCAAGCUUGAGAGGCAAGGGACACCCUUGACAGCUCUCCAGUUACAGACAUCUGUAAUGCCUUGUGAGUAAAUUCAUAAGACUCCUAAUGUAUUUAUAAGGCUAUAUAGAUGAUGUUUUCAUCAUCUAGCAUUAUAAGGUGCAAAGUUUGAGCGUUGUUAUUUGCAGUAAUAAUAUUAUACUGUGAGGUUGGGUUGAUGGUUCAGGUCAGGGUUAAGUCCACAACUUAUUACACUUUAUAAACACCACACUAGUUAGUAAAAUGCUCGUAAAUGUUCAUAAAAUACCCCAAAAAGCCUUAUAAAUACAAGUGAAAAUAUUACCCUUGGCACUUUAACCGACUGCACACUCACGAUGUGUUGUGUUUUCAGACUAAGGGAGGAAUCCGGAGUGUUUAGAGAGCGCGUCCACAGGAAAGACACCAAUUUGCUUCAAUAUUUACACUUCACCUGCAC